AUGUCGUCUCGUGGAUCCGAACGAGGUAUACGGAGAGAAAAUCCCGAGGUUGAACCAGUGCAAGGACGUCGAGGUGGAAACCCUAGUGCUAGUACGAGUAACAUAAGUCGAUACUAUAAGUCAAUGACCCUUACUGAUUUCCUCAAGAAUGGUCCACCUCGGUUUAACGGAAAUGCUAAUGCCCUGGAGGCUGAUCAGUGGUUUCGAGAAGUAGAGAGGUUUUUGUACACUCAGCACAUUCCUGAAGUACAAUCAGUGGAGAUAGUGACUCAUAUGUUGGAGGGAGAUGCUCAGAAUUGGUGGCAAGAGUUGUGUCAUAACUUGCAGGUGGAGUUAACGGAUGUCCCUUGGCAUAGAUUCAAGACAGAGUUUUACGGGAAAUAUUUCUUGCAUGUGUUUCGCAUUGCAAAAGAAUUGGAGUUAAUGCAGCUGAAGCAAAAGGAUAUGUCUGUCGCUGACUAUACCCGUGAAUUCGACAAUCUGUGCCGUUUCUCAAAAACUUGUCAAGGAAAUCCAGCCGAUUAUGAGGAAUGGAAGUGUGCUCAGUAUGAGAAAGGACUAAGGAGAGAUAUCUUUAAUUACGUGUAUCCACAAAAGCUAACAAAUUUCACUGAGUUGGUUAAGAAGAGCCAGCUCGCUGAGGAUUGCUCCAUGAAGUGGACACUGCUACAGGAAGGCUUUGGUGAGACCACUCCAGAAGAGCCGCGCAGGUACGGACUGGGAAUGUGUUUUCGAUGUGGAGCACCGGGACAUAUGUCUAGGGAUUGUUCGCGUGGGAGAGCCGCAGAUACGGGUUGGCCACGACAGGAUCGAGGUAAGUAUGAUACCAAAUGCGUAGAAAGGAUUUGUUCUGUAUAG